UCAAAAGUUUCACGUGAUUACGUAAUUUCCGUCAUGGCGCUCGCGUCGACACCUCAGUUUCCUUUACACUGUGCGGUCAGCGCGGUGCGGUGUGUUGAAUAAUUUCGAUCGGAUUUUAGACAUUAAAAUGUUCUCAUCCCUGCUGGACGCGGCGCGGAACUCCCCGUUCCGCGGGCCGCUCUCCCCCGCACAGUGUGAACCCUCCACACUGCAGAUCCAGCCCGCCAGCGGUAUGGCUGCGGCGACUGCUGUCCCACAAGAAGACUCGUGCGAGUUCGCCUCGCCCAAAUACUUCGCGCUCUGCGGAUUGGGCGGUAUCCUGUCUUGCGGUAUCACGCACACAGCGGUGGUGCCGCUCGACCUGGUGAAGUGCCGGCUGCAGGUGGACGCUGACAAGUACAAGAAUGUGGUGACCGGGUUCCGCGUGUCGGUGCGCGAGGAAGGCAUGCGCGGCCUGGCCAAAGGGUGGGCGCCCACCUUCAUUGGAUACUCGCUCCAGGGUCUGUGCAAGUUCGGGCUGUACGAGGUGUUCAAGGUGGGCUACAACAACCUGCUGGACGAGGAGACCGCGUACACGUACCGCACGCUGGUGUACCUCGCCGCCUCCGCCUCGGCAGAGUUCUUCGCCGACAUCGCGCUCUCACCCCUCGAGGCCGCUAAGGUCCGCAUCCAGACGAUGCCCGGGUUCGCGAACACGCUGCGCGAGGCGUGGCCCAAGAUGGUCCAGAACGAGGGCUACGGCACCUUCUACAAGGGGCUGGUCCCGCUGUGGGGCCGCCAGAUCCCGUACACCAUGAUGAAGUUCGCCUGCUUCGAGAAGACCCUCGAGCUCCUCUACAAGUUUGUGGUGCCGAAGCCGCGCGAGCAGUGCACCAAGGGCGAGCAGCUGGUGGUGACGUUCGCGGCCGGGUACAUCGCCGGCGUGUUCUGCGCCAUCGUCAGCCACCCCGCCGACACCGUCGUCUCCAAGCUCAACCAGGACAAGACAGCGACCGUGGGCUCAAUCAUAGGCAAGCUCGGAAUGGCGGGCGUGUGGAAGGGACUCGGCCCUAGGAUCGUGAUGAUCGGUACCCUCACCGCGCUGCAGUGGUUCAUCUACGACGCUGUCAAGGUUUGGCUGAGAAUGCCGCGACCACCGCCAGCUGAGAUGCCCGAGUCGAUGCGCAAGCGGCUAGAGGCCGAGGAGGCGGCCAAGGCCAAGUGAAGCGUACAUACUUAGACUAGACUAGCCAAUAUAUAUCACGCGACAUCUGUGAUCAACGCUCUGUUAUGUUUAUAUUAUGAUAUAGUUCAAUAUGGACACGAGUUUCUAGCAAAAACACUCAUGACGUUUCGCUGUUAUUAACAUUUAAGACUUAUUCAAUGGAUACGUACGUAAUUCAUGUUUCGUUUGAAGCUGGUGUCCUCGAGAAUGUUCCAGAUGUUUCUCGAUGUCGUGCGAUGUACAGAAAUUGUUCCACACACCGCCACAUGUUGUAUUAUAGGUUUCCAAUGUGAUGAUUACCAUGUUUCAGUAUAAGCGUAACUGAUAUCGUGUUAAAUUAUUUUGAAAAUAAAAUUAUAUUUUUAUUUAUUUAA